GGGCCGCAGGGUCUGGGUAGCGGCUGCGACCGCGGCGGUUUGGUCCUGCAGUGCCGGGGGUCUAGUUGCGGGAGAGUGCUGGUGAUGCUGGCCCUCAGCCGGACUCAGGCCGCUGCCGACCCGCCCAGAAGAAUACUGGAAUACCCUCAAUGAACUUCCAUUUCCAGAUUUGCAAUUUGGAAAGACUAUACAAGGCUCUAAGUGCCUGCCAUCAUCUCCCAGUGUGAAGAAAGUUUAUCAUUAGAAGGCUGUCCACAAGCUCUAAACAGAUGCAUGAAACAGUUCCCUUGAAGAUCCCAGUGGACCAACUGGAGAAAUUGGAGGAAUCUCCAAAAGAAAGGAGCCCCUACCUGGAGACUCUGGAGGAGAGUCUACCUGAAGGCCUAAAGGAUGAAGAAAUAAAGAAAAGCAGCCUAGAAGUGACACCAAAUAAAUACAACCAUCAAUAUCAUAAGCUGUUCAAGGACAUCCCCCCAGAGGAAACAGUUCUGAAAGUGUGUUCCUGUGCACUCCAAAGGGACAUCCUCAUCCAAGGUCGUCUGUACAUCUCCCACAACUGGCUCUGCUUCCAUGCCAGCCUCUUUGGCAAAGACAUCAAGGUAGUCAUCCCUGUGCUGUCUGUCCAGAUGAUUAAAAAGCACAAGAUGGCCAGACUCUUGCCCAACGGACUGGCUAUUACAACCAACACAAGCAGAAAGUAUAUUUUCGUGUCACUGAUCUCAAGGGACAGCGUGUAUGAUGUAUUAAGAAGAGUCUGCACCCAUCUGCAGCCUUCCAGUAAGAAGAGCCUGAGUGUAAGAGAAUAUCCAGAUGAACCUGAUUCUGAGUCUCUGGAGGGCCUCGUUCCAGAAAUGAAAUGGAGAAAGAUGUCCCCAACUACAUUGUCUCUGUCCCUCCCUGAUGAUGUCUUCCCCUGCAUUCACCGGGGAUCCAUGAGCAGCCUGGGCACCAAGGAGAGCUCUUUCCCCUCUGAGAAACCCCUGGCAUCUGAUAAUGUCAUCCACACAGAGGAGGAGCUGGAAGGAGAACCGGAGGGCAGCCCAGAGCUGAGGCCCUGGGAUUAUCAACUGCUCAAAGUCUUCUUUGUACUGAUCUGCCUCCUCGUGCUAUCAUCAUCCUACAUGGCAUUCCGAAUCUUUAGGCUGGAGCAGCAACUGUGUUCUCUGAACUGGGACUCCGUCUCCCACAAACACAGGGACUUGCCCAUAAAUUCCCCGUGUGGAAAGCCAAAGUGAAGCCUGGAAACCCUCCUGAUAUUUUCCUCCUCCUCGGCCCUGCACCCCCACAACUCACCCACAGACUACCUGCUGGUUUUCACUUUCCAUCAGUCUCAGGUUCUUUCCCUGUGGCAGGUGACAACAGUAGAAGUUACACGCAUCCCCUUUCCAAAAGAAGGGAGCUCUUGGUGUGGAGAUUCCAGCAUAGUUCCCCCUCAAUUUGUGUUGCUGAAAUGCUAAGAAGAGUCUUAAUGAAAAGUUUGCUAAUUUUCCUGCUACCUUGAACGCUUGAUCUGAAGUACUGUUUAUGAAGGAAUCCUCUCCUGGUCUUAAAGGACUCAACUCAUCAGAUGGAGAAACCAGCUGUGGGAUCCUGUGCUGUUUCAGCUGUCAGGAACAAGUGGGGGAAACAGGCUAAACUGCUUCUCAGAAAUGGUUGCUUUCAGUAGGCAGAAUGGUUUUUGGGCUACUUGGGCAUCAAGAAUAGGGUCUCACUGAUGUCACUCCUACCAUAAUGUCCUUCACUCCAGUUAUCUUUGGGAUCCGAGGAUUGAAUGCCUCAGCUCAUUCUGUGACUUAUUCCUUUUGCUCCCCUGAACUAGCCUUCAUCUGGCUAAAUAAGAAUUGCUUCCUCUGGGUUCCCUGAAAGUCUUACCCAGACAAAGUCAAACACCUGAAGCCAAAGAGAACUGUGUUGCUAGGGUACCUAGACAUAAGUUCAUGACAAAGCUGACUUGGAAAAAGGGGAGAGAGACUAUGGUUCUUAGGUGGAGGAAGAGGAGAUGUAGGAACAGAAGGAGGGCAGUGCUUGUAUUUGUGGCCAAGUCUACUUGUGCCUGACAGCCUGGGAAGCUAGAAAGGCAACAAGGAGGAGAUGACAGGGCACUCAGUGGCUUCUAAGGGCUAUUUGGGGGAGGAGGCUGUGGGAAGAAAAGAUGAUAUCCCAAAGGAUUUCUUUGCUGAGUGUUGUCUACUUCAACCAUUAUGUGAAGCCAGAGAGCUGACAGGCCAGAGGUAACUUAGUAAAAUAAGGCAGGGCCAGUGUUUUUGCUUGAAUUAUGGGAGUUAUCGUUGGGGCUAAACUUAGGUAUAGAAGUAAAGUGAAUAAUUGUGCCUUUAAUCUAUGCUAUUCUUGAAUAUACACUUUCAGCUCUCUUUCACAAAUGGUACCUUGGACUGUUGCUUCAUUUUCUGAACUUCAGCUGGCACUGAUUACUGGGGCUAUAUAGAAUUUACUUAAGAUCCUCUCUGAAAGAAUAUUAUGAUGGGAAGAGAAGCCUGUUUCACUUCUCUUUCCCCCACUCCCAAACUCCAUUUAAAUAAUUUACUCACGGCUCAGGUGCUUCUUGGCUUUCCACACCUUGUUUUAAAGACUAGAUAUGUCAAUAUUUGAAUUAAAACAGUUCCCAGAUUUUUCUUCUUCAAUCUUCCAGCUUUCUUUCUAAGUCUUUCCUAUCAAGAUUUUUUUUUUUUUUAAGGACACAACUUGAUAAUACUGGUCUUCCCCCUUUUGGAGAAGGGAAAAAAAUUUCUGAUCUUCCAAUAAAAUGUAAGCCCACAAACUCUUCCUGAGUGCAUGAGAUUUGGAAGAAGCAGAAGGAAAUGAAGUUAGCUGAAAAUGUAGUAAAUUGGUUAUCAUGAAUCCCAGUGCAAAAGACCUGUUCUCACAAUUUCCUCUGUUUAGCAUCCCAUUCCUUAUUACCAUGGUUUCCAUUCUUUCCCUUUCUUAAACUUUGGCUAUCUUAGCACCUGGGAUAGGCAGGGAGUCUAGCUUCUCUUCCUAACGUUUAAAUUCAGACAAAGAAGGAACCUAAGGAAAAAGGGAACAUGUCAAAGGCAUCACUAAUGACGGAACAGAAGUUCCUACCAUGGAAAGCUAUCCUUCCCCUUUUCAAGAUUCCUGAGAUAGGCUCCUUGGCCACUUGGGAUGUUCCUUUUUGGACUCUAGAGAAAGAAAGCAGAAAUACUAAGCUUUAAAGUGGACAUAUUAUUGAAUGAAAGUCCCAGCUUUCUGGGACACUUAAAAGACAAUCUAAACAAAGAGUGGGGGGAGGGAUAUUUGUGAAACUUCCCUAAUUGAACUCUGCAACCUUAAUGCUGCUGUAAACAUUGGAAUGCCCUGCCCCUUCUGAGAAGCUCCUAGAUCUGUCACACUACCUCCUUCAUCUUGUCCUAGUCCGCGGAGAGUCAGACAGCACUGGGAAGUUGAAGCCAUCUCAUCCCUGAAUCCUAGAGUGGGAAGGGACCUCAGAUGUUGCUUAAUUUAAUCAAUAUCUGAAGCAUGAGUUUGCAUUACAGGGAAUGUAGGCCUUCAGCAAAUGGCCUUCGAGAUCUUCAGAUAGGGAACAUACAAUCUCAUGAGACAGCUCAUUUAAUUUCUGGGAAACUCUAUUUAAAAAAAAAAAAGAUUUUGCUUAUAAUAUGCAAUCUCUAUUUGUUGGUCUUACCUUUGUCUUCUGGGGCCAAAAAAAUCGAGUCUAAUCUCUUUUUGACUUGAAGAUCUUCAAAGAGUUGAAAAUAAUGUCAAUAUUCUAAGUCUUUUAUUCAAACCAAACACCCCCUGGACUUUCGUGUUUCCUUAUCAGCCUGGCUGACCUCCUCUAGAUGUGCUUCAGCUUGUCUAUGUCCUUCCUUAAACAUGGCAACCUCUUCUGAAUGUAUUUUAGAUUCUAUUUUCUGACAAAGAAAUAUUAUAGAAGAAUUAUCAUCUCCUCUAUUCUGGACACUCAUGUUUUUAAACAUAAAAUCACAUUAUUUUUUCUGGUUGCCAUAUCACACAUUUAGUCAUAUUGUAGCCCAUUAAAAAUUAUACUACCUUUUCAUAUGGAUUACCUUCUAAUAAUGUCUUUCUUUCCUUCCUCCCCACCCUGACCCUGGCAGCUGACUUUUUAAAUUCAAGUAUAGCACUUCACACUUACAUUUCUAAGGUUACUCUGGGGACUGCAGGGUUAGUAGUUGAGUUCUAGGGGCAAUGUGGAGUCUUCUAUUGUGAUAACUGAAGUUGUAAACUAUACGUAUUUAUUACACAGA